UAUAUGACGCUAGAAGAUUUGCAUUAAUUUGAAUCUAUACAAGAUGGCAACGAAGUCUUUAAUACUGUAUGGUCUUGUCGUGACCCUAGUCAUCGCAUUGAUAUGCAACAUCGAAGAGGCUGCAGCGAGAGACGUAAAGCUAGUGAAACUCCGCGAUGUAAAGCCCGAAACGUUGACAACAUUAAAAGGAGAAGAAGAAAAAGAACUCUUGAACGAUAAACUUACAAAAGAGAUUGAGAAUGCAAAGAAAUUGCUGGGAGAGUUGAAAACGUUGAAGAAGGAAUCAAAAGAUGAUAUGAAAGAGGAGUUGAGUUCUUUGAUGAAAUCUGAAACGCUACUUAACGAAAUGUCGGAUACACUCAAGAACGGAACGUGCAAUGCAAACAAAGCUACGAUAUUUGUAGAGAAAGAAUCGUUUUUCUACAGAGCAUGGAAGGAGAAUGCAUAUCAUUCGGUGGUUCCAGAGAAGGAGAAAGAGUUUAUGUCUAACAUAAAACGCAUUAUUAAGCUGUUGAAGAAAACUUAGAGGGAGGGUUGACUUUUAUGAUAUUCAAAAGAGAAAA